AUGGUUUGGUUUACAGACGAACUUGAUUUCCAACUAAUCCAGGAGGCGCAAACGAGAAAUCCGUUUGGCGAGGACUACGGGAAGAAAACACAGGCGUGGGCUGAUGUUGCUGCUAUGUUAGGAGUAGGCGUGGAUGGUCACCGCUGUCAUUACACGCCGAAGGACGAGUGUCUAGCUGACUGGUUGGAGAUGCGCGAAAUGGAGAUGCUACUCAAAAAUGACAAGAAGCAGCAGAAGGACCAACCGCAGCAAGAGGACGGCCAAGCUAUUGCUAUCCGGGACGCAGCAACGACCGGGAUGAAGCGUGGGCAAAGGAAAGGAGGAGAAUCAUACCACCACCAGCAGCAGCAGCUCUUGGCGUACCUUGAGCAACGUGAUGGCGUUGCUCAUGAGAUGGACAAGCGCAAAAUUUCCAAUGAGAAAAAGCGUCUCGCUCUGAAGCAAUGCCGUCUUGAGCUACAAGAACUCCGGAUGAAACUAGAGCGGAAUGAAAGACUUGCAUUCAUUGACAUGCUUAAGACAGUGAUCAGCAAGUACAAUUCGUAG